ACAAAUUAAGAAAUCGCUCGUUUAUUUAUUUAUCAACAUUUAUUACAUUACUUAUUAUUAGCUAAUUUCUAAUUAGGAACUGUUGAGCACGUUCUACAACCAAUAUCAGAACAUUUAGAAAUUUUAGAACUUAGUAAAACCACGUGCUUCCAUUGACAACGUUAUCAACGUCUCAUGUUUUAAAACAUGUAUUUAUAAAUGGCAGUUUUCAAGUUAACAAUAGUUUUUACACGUCCGUCAGAAGAAUUUGACGUCCAUCAAAACCAGUGGUUUGAAUAUAUCUCACAUCAAGGACACUGAGAUCAUCAGAUCGUCUGGUUUAAAGAUGUCUCCCAUCAGUAUAUUCGCUCUCUGCAUCUCAUGCCUAAUACAGGUCAAUUAUUGUUCAGCCCGGAGAACCUACACCGUGAUCAACGGACCUGCUGUUUAUGCGAGCAACUUGGUCUAUAUACCGACAAUCAGGGACCAAAGCUGUGUUUACGGAUCCAGCUACAGCUUACCUGUCAGUUACGACAGCUACAGUCUGAACGACUGCAGCAUUAGCUACCCAAGUAUCUCCUGCUGCAGCUGCCCCAGUUACAGCAUUACCAGCUGUAACCCCAGCGCAUGUACCUGCAGCUGCCCCAGUUACAGCAUUGCCAGCUGUUUCCCCAGCGCGUCUAGCAGCAGCAGCUCCAGUUACAGCAUUACCAGCUCUAGGCCCUGUGAGUCUAGCUCCAGUUGCCCCAGUUACAGCAUUACCAGCUCUAUCCCCUGUGAGUCUAGCUCCAGCUGCAACACUCCUAGCUCACUCGGUCCUGACGGCUCCUACGGAGGGAUAGGUUCUGGAGAAGUGAGCAUAACCGGCACCGUCGAAGCGUGCGGCACCACCUGCGUGUCUGGCUCCGUGCCCGUGCUCGGCUCCGCGUCUUUUAGCGGCUGCACGCCCGCCUGCGGCUCCGUAUCCAUCAAAGGACAGUGCGAAUGCGAUUGCUGAUAUACUUUACGCAACUUGCAUAUAGCAUGAUUCAAGCUAGAACGAUCCUGGGUGCGUACCCACGGAUCUAUGUCAUAAUGUAAUGAUUGUCAGAUUAUCAUUAGUCACUUUUAGAGAGAUAGAGAUAUAUUUAGAUACUUGCAAGACUGAACCGCAAGGAAUUCAUCGCAAUGCCUUCUAACUGUUCUAAGCCUAAUAAGGAAAAUAUGGCAAGCAACAAAGUGAGACGGUUUGCCGGCCGCGGUCACAUAUAUUUUGGUUUGUGAGAGUCGUAAAUGUACGAACAAAAAGAAUUUGAAAUAGAGGUGGAUUGUCAAAGAAAAUUUUGUAGCCACAGUUAAUGCCAUCUUUCAACACAGGAUGAAAACUUUUAGAACGCCAUUUGACUUUGAUCCUUAUUCUGUCACUGAUAUGUGUUAAAUUUGUUAAAUAUCAAAAAGUGGCGCCAUCUUACCGGGCAUAGGCCAAAGAUUGUGGCGCCAUCGCUUGAAACGAAGUCGUCAUACCUUUGGGCUUUUGAUCAAUUAGAUGGCGCCAAUUUUUGAUAUUUAACUUUAACACUAAGACAUAUCAGUUAAAGAAUAAGAAUCAAAGUCAAAUGGCGUUCUAAAAGUGUUAAUCAUGUGUCGAAUGAUGGCAGUAAAUUUACUAUGGCUACAAAGUUUUCUUUGACCAUCCACCUCUAUUUCAAAUUCUCUUUGGUGUUAUUCAUGAGUCGAAAGAUGUAGUAAAUUCACUACAUACCUAAUA